GACCUAGUAGCUAGAGACGAUGCUCUCUCAUCGUACCUCCGGGAAAAAGCUUUUACCCUACCUAAUAUCGUCUUGAUAGAGCGCCAACUAUGUGAUCUAGAGCUCAUCAUCAACGGCGGUUUCAGCCCUCUAGAGGGUGAAAAAGAUUAUCAGAGUAUCGUCGACACCCUCCGUUUAGCGGACGGCACAUUAUUCCCCAUCCCAAUCAUCCUAGAUAUAUCUAAAGAAGACAUUGAACUCUCCUUGGACCAGAACCACGUGGCACCCCGACUAGGACCCCGAAAUUUUUUCGGAUACCAGUCGAGAAUCGACCUCAAAACGAGCCCUGUGGACGAUGUAUAUACGCCGGACCGCGUGAAGGAAGCGAUGCAAUUCUUUGGGGCUGACGACCCAGCUCAUCCUUUGGUUGGUUAUCUUCGCAAUCGU